AUGAGAUCACCCAAUCGCACCACAGCUGUGGCAACUCGUCAAUUCUUUGCUUGGUUGGAAGCCAAUCAUGGUGGAUUGCCCAUGCUCCAAAGAUACACUCCGUCAGAGCCGACUUCAUCAGUACCGGUAGCGCCUUCAUUGGUGGUCCAACGAUCCAAAUUGCAAGCCCAAGAUUUGAAAGACUUAUUUGAGCACAAGAUUGUCGCCCUUCACGUCCCAUCUUUUUAUCCCCGUGCUUCGGCCAUUAGAUUGGGUCAGGCAUUGGCGUUGGAAGCCCAAUCCGAUAAUAGCGACUCCUCCUCCUCUUCACACGACGAUGAUGGAACAAGCGGCGGAAGAAAAAACUGGAAGAUCAGCACGGCCCGUGGAUUGGAAUCCUCCGACGUCUUUACCUUGGGUGCUCACAUGCCGUGGAACAUGGCGGUAUCCCAAAAUGCCAUUGAUGAUUAUCUGAAAUACGUACCUGUGGAAUUUCAAAAUCGAAGGAGGCGAAAGGAACAACAACAAGGCAAAGGCAAGCUGUUGUUGUUGGCGGAUUCCAUUUGGCCAUUGGAUCAGUUGCGACUAGAACUGGAUGAAGUUUGGCCCGCUGGUGCCAACCUUUCCAAGUAUCAAAACCAACAUGCCAUGGGCGGUGGAUUGCCUCGCAUCAUGAUGGGUCCCACAAGAUGGAAGAAGGGAUUGAUCCAUGUGGACGAAUUGGGCCCACUCAAUGUCAAUAGAGGAACCUUUAGCGCCAACAUCUAUCUGCAACUACCGAAUCACCAAGAGGAUGGCGAAAAUGAAGCACCGGUUUUGGACAUUUGGCCAUUGGACAUUCGAUCGAAAUGGGAUUGGUAUCGAAAUGCCCAUACCUUGUCCGAACUGACUUCACAAUCGGCCGAAGGCCAAGUCAAGCUGAGGAAUGCCUUGGGACCUCCUCAACGCAUUGUCGUCCAACCGGGCGAUUUGGUUUUGCUAUGCGUCCAACGCCCUCAUGCAGCUGUAGGUUUUACGCAACCAACCACUCGAGUCUCGCUCCAGACCUUUUUGCAAUUCGAAGGGAAUGGUGAUGGCAUUCAGAUUGAGACUUAA